UAAGCUUGGUCAUAAGGUUCCAAAGUAGGUAGGCAUUUGAACAAUGGAAGCCCGAGUUGACAGCACCCCGCUUCCCCGGAAUAGGGAGCGAGGUCGGCGAUAACCCCUCCGAGACCCACUUCAUCGGGGUCACUGGCCCGUGACGAUGCUCAAUGCAGGUCGCCGACCCCAGGUAGGUGGAUUAUGCUAUCACGGACACCGCGAAUACUUAAUCCCAGGUGACUUCAUAGACCAGCCCUUAUCACAUUGGUCAACAUCCAGAAAGACUAUCUCAAACAUCGUCUUGACUUCAAGCUUCGUAUCAACCCAUACACCUACACACACACUGUCGCCUCUUGAACUUGAUACCCUCACCGGCACCUCUCUUUCAACACACCCUUUAUUACUUUCGCCCACAAUGUGCUUCGGAGUCACCUGCUCGACUUGCUCAAAGGCAACCUGGCGCGGCUGCGGCCAACACAUCCCGUCGGCGCUGAGCAGCGUCCCCGAGGACCAGUGGUGCACCUGCACGCCAAAGGUCACCGUCAACGGCAAGGAGUAUCCCCCGGCAGGCACUGUGUCGAUCCCCGGUAUGUCUUGGUUGACCGGUUUGUUCGGGGGCAAUUCGAAUGACAAGUCGAAGCAGGGCACUAAGGGAGAGCUGUGAAAGAUGGGAGAACCUACACUUUGUUUUUGAGGCUUGCUUUGGCGGGGGGGUGAACCUGGUGUACUAGUACGAGUUGACAAUUGGCGAGGCGUUGAGGGUGGUGCGUGGGAUGAACGGCGGCGGCGGCGUAGAAAACAUGAGUCGAAAUCAAGGAUAUGACCCCGUACCAAGUUCCGGCUUCAUGAGAACAUGAGGCCCUCCCAAGUCCCAACUCAUCCAGAUCGAGCCUUUCAGCACCGGCUGUCAAGUUAUGGAGGGGUAAUCGGUGUUGUUG